AUGAGAUUACCAACUGUUGUUCUACACUUAUUAUUUGCUGCUAUAAUUGCCGCUUUACCAAUCAAAUAUGAUACCAAAAAAAAUGUUAUCUUUUUAGUUUCUGAUGGGUUAGGUCAAACAGGUAUCACUGCUGCUAGACAAUUUAAACAAACUAGAGACAAUUUAACUAAUGAAGAAGCACUUUUAUUCUUGGAAAAUUAUCAAGUUGGCUCUGUUAGAACUAAAUCUGCUUCUCAAUUAAUCACAGAUUCUGCUGCUGCUGGUACUGCUUUUGCCGCUGGUCAUAAAACUUAUAAUGGUGCUAUCUCUGUUGAUGCAGAUGGUAAACCAAUUGGAACUUUUUAUGAAGGUGCUAAAUUGAAAAAUUAUAAAACUGGUAUUGUCUCCACUACAUUUGUUCAAGAUGCAACCAUUUGUACACCAAAUACUCAUGUUAAGACAAGACGUUCAUUAGAUUUAGUCGCGGAACAACAAUUAGGUUAUGGUCAUCCUUUAGGUCAAGUUAUUGAUAUUGUCAUUGGUGGUGGUCGUCAAAACUUGCAUGGUUCUGAACAAACCCAAUAUGGUACCAAAGGUACAAGAAAAGAUGGUGUUGAUUUGAUUGCUAAAGCUCAAGAAGAUGGUUGGACUUAUAUUGGUAAUAGAUCUGAUUUUGAUUCUUAUAAUUUAGGUAAUGAAGCUGUACCAAAAUUACCAUUAUUAGGGAUUUUCGGUGAAAGUAGUUUACCUUAUGAAAUUGAUAGAAAUCCUGAAGAAGUUCCAAGUUUAAGGGAAACUGCAUUAUUAGCUUUAAAUACUUUAAUUGAAGCUACAGAAGAUCAAGAUGAAGGUUUUGUUUUAUUAUUAGAAGGUGCAAGAAUUGAUCAUGCAGGCCAUGCAAAUGAUCCAGUUACUCAUGCAAGAGAUACUAUUGAAUUUGAUGAAACUUUUAAAGCAGUUAUUGAUAGAGUUUCUUCAUUAGAUACUGAAACCAUUGUUGUUUCUACUUCAGAUCAUGAAACUGGUGGUUAUGGAUUAGGUAUUGGUGAUGUUUAUGAUUAUUAUCCUGAAAAUUUAUUAAAUGCUACAAUUUCUACAGAACAAGCUGUUAAAUUAUUAGAUGCUUAUGAAGGAGAUGAUAAACCUUCAUAUUUGAAAAAUGAAAUCUUGGCUAAUCAAUUAAAAUUAACAAACGUUACAGAUGAUGAAAUUAAUCAAUUAAUUGAAUCUGAUCAAACUCAAGUUGAUAUUGCUACAAUUAUUUCAAAUCAAGCAGGUGUUGGUUGGAACACCGUGGCACAUUCUGCUCUUGAUGUCCCAAUUUUUGCAUGGGCAAAUACUAAAGAAGCUUAUAAUGAAAUUUUAGCAAAUCUAGGUUCAUCUGUGGAAAAUACUGAAAUUCCAAGAUUUUUCGCAAAAUUUAUUGGUGUUGAUUUAGAUGAAGUUACUGAAAAAAUUCAAGAGAUUAAAACUGAACCUGAUAACUGA